AGGGGCAAUUAAAAGAAAAGCCAAAAUUGGACAAAAAGGCUUGAAACUACUUUUCAUUCAGCUGACCGAUAACUUUAAUUGAUAUAAAUAAACAUAAGAAAAAGCCAGAAAGACUCUCUUCUGUUUUUGAUAAACAAAAACAAUUCUGAUAUUUUAGUGUAGCAUCAAAUGUGUUGCACUGUAUCAUUACAAACUGAUGUUAAGGUGUAUUUUUUUAUGGAAACACCCUCUAAUUUUGAUGUUAACCUUUCUCCAGAUGAAUCACUUUUUUGAUUUCCAUAUCCCUCUCACCCUGAACCCCUCCUGUAUGCCACACCAUAACUUCUCCUGACCAAUCCAGACUCUGACAGCCUCACACAGCAGAGCCUGUCUGAUGGAGAGGAGCAGCUGGAUCGCCUCCAGCAGGCGGAGCUCACUCGAAACACAUGCAUGUCGCUGUGGAGGGCAAGUGCAGUCCAGGCCUGGCUGGAGGUUGUCAUGGGAAUGCCCAUGUACAUCCGAGCCUGCUCUGAAAACGUCAAAAGUGGCAAGGUGCUGCUAGGCCUCACAGAUGAGGAUUUGGAGCUGGGUCUGGGUAUUAGUAACCCCAUUCAUCGCAGGAAACUGAGACUGGCCAUUGAGGAUUACAGGAGAGCUGAAGGAGACCAAGGACUAUCAAAAGCGUCUGAGAUGGACCAUCACUGGGUUGCAACAUCGUGGCUGAGUGACGUGGGGUUACCUCAAUACUCGCAGACCUUCCAGACUCAUCUAGUGGACGGCCGAGUGCUGAACUCUCUGAGCCGCAGAGACCUGGAGAGAUUCCUCAACAUCGGUGACCAGUUCCACCAGACCAGUCUGCUCCUGGCAAUCCAGCUGUUGCAGAUCCUCAAUUUUGAUAAAGAGGCCUUGCAGGCACAGCAGGCAAAAUGUGAGCACCAAGACCGGGACCCCAUUGUUUGGACAUGUCACAGAGUAAUGAAGUGGAUCAGAGACAUAGACCUCAAGGAGUUUGCAGACAAUCUUCAGGGUAAAGGGAUUCAUGGAGCUGUGAUGGCUCUGGACCCGUCCUUUGACACAGACACCAUGGCCAAAGCCCUGGGGAUCCCCAGCAACAAACACAUGCUGCACCGGCACCUGUACGAAGAGAUGAAAUCACUCGCCAUCCCUCACAGCAGUUCAGAGCAGGGCAGUGAGGUUGUCGGUUCCUCUUCGCCUGUGGCUGUUAACCGCUUUGCUGAGGAGAGGGUGUCGAUGAGAAGAUCGGGAAAGAGUCCGCUGAGGUUACGUGCAAACAGCCACUCUGUAGAGCGAGGUCUAGGCUUCCACGGCACCUGCGGCUCUCCGCCCAGAGAGGCCCGAGUUCAUGCCGUGCCCCGGGCCAAAGGCAGCCCAAUGCAUACCUACAAGAGUGUUGAAAUCACCAACGUCUGAAACAGCCUCAGCCAUCCAGAUCACACUGUUGUUUCUAUUGUUUACAUUGUUAUUGUAUAGUUGUUUACUACUGAGAGUGACCUGCACUCAGCAUCGCUGGACUUUUAAGUGGAAGUCCUAAAGGGGUGUACCACUUGAUUUAAUAAUUCAAAUGUAUCUUUAUUUUGCCCAAUAUAAGAAUAAAACAUACUCUGAACAGAAACAAAGAUCAUUUUUUAACCUGAUGGAGCUGUUGUAAAUAUAUUGAAGAGGUAGAUUGUUUUGUUUUGUUUUGUCUUUCCAACUAAAUGUCCAAAUGAGUUUUAUAUUAUGAGUUUAUUGAAGGCUUAAGAAUAACCUACAAAAAUAACUGAACACAGUGUUGUUCUCUUUUGAUGCCUUAUAUAAAAUAGGUCUCACAGCACUGAUGUUUACUGCUCUUUCAACUAUUGCUAACAUGUCAGUAAAUGAUUAAUUGUACUUAAGAUGUAGGAAAAAAAGGUAAUUACAGUAUAAUUUGCUUUCACUAUAGUGAUACAUAUCUGCUGUUAAUCUUCUGAGGAGACCUGAACUGUGUCAAGUCAACAGCUCUACAUAUUUGAGUGUGAUGUUGUUUGUUAUCACAGUUUUUAAUCAUUACUGUAAUAUAUAGUAAACCUUAGUUUAAAACAUUAAAAUAUAUUACAUUUGGAGGAGCUAAAAUUGGCAAAAUGUGCAAUU